UAGAGGCAAUAACAAUGAAGCCCCUAACCCAAUACACAAUUUUAGAUUAUGAACUUGUUCAAACAUGUGGAGUAUGUGAAGAAAUAUGUGAUCAAAAAGAUAUUAACACACAUGGUUGCCUAGAAGGAUAUAAUUCUUAUACUGUUGAUCCAAACACAUUAUAUUUUUAUCCAUUAGCAGAUGAUGGAAUAACUAUCGUGAGACGAAGCGAUAUAAAUAAUGUGGAACAAUUAGUAGAAGAACCAUUUCAUGAUAACAAUAAAAAUAAUAUUGUACACAUAAGACAAAAGGAAACACCAAGAAUUUCUGGACAACUUAAACAAAUUAAUUGUCAAAAACGUCAAAAAUUAAAUGAUAGCGCAGGAAACAAAUUAAAUUUUGAUGAUGAAGAAUUAUUAAUUCUCGAAGUACAAAAACGCCCACCAUUGUGGGAUUAUUCUUUACUUUUGGUGCAACGCAGAUCUACAAUAAGACAACGAUUAUGGUCAGAAAUAGCUGUGGCAUUUAAUGGUAAAAUAAAUGCAGAAGAAGCACAAAAAAGAUUCAAGUCAUUGCAUGAUACGUACCGUAAAAUUAUGCAAUCAGAACAGCGAAUGAGUGGAUCUGGUAGAAGGGAUACAGUCCAAAAAUGGCCUCAUUACCAUUCUUUGGAUGAUUUUCUUAAAGACUCUUGUCUUCAAAAAAUCACGGUGUCUAAUAUAAAUAAUGAGCAUAAUUCAAACUCAUCGUUAAUAAAUGAUGAAAAUAAUGCAGAAACCCUCCGAACAGAUUCCAAUAAGGGAAAACGAAAAAAAAAGUGA